AUGGCUACUGCUUGUAAACUUGAGUGGGUUCCCGAUUCCCUCUAUAAUACUGCAAUUUCUGCAAUUGUCGCAACAUAUGGACGACACCGUCGCGAUAUAAAAUGUUUACAAGAAGAUGUACAAUUUGAUAUAUAUUACAAACUUUAUAAUAAGGGAAGAUUGUGCCAGCUUGGAUUGGAAUUUUCAGAUAUAGAUACAUUUGCAAAGGCAUUAAAGGUUAAUGACAAAAGGUAUUUGUUACAUCAUUGCUUUCAAGCUUUAAUGGAUCACGGUGUUAAGAUAUCAGAAACACUGGCUGAGGCAUUUUCUGUACAGAUUAGUGAAGAUGUUAUUAAAGACCAAGUGAAGCGAGUUCGAAUGUUACAGUUAGGUUUUACUCUAGGUGGGUUUCUGAGUGAUGCUGGUUGGUUUGAUGAUAGUGAGAAAGUUUAUAAAGCCUGUUUAGAAAUCUGUCAAGUAGAUACAACUCAAGGCUCAUUAUGUCGAGCUCUAGAAUGUAGUGUUAGGUUAUUACAUGUACAGAAUGCUAACUGUAAAUAUGAUGUAGCUGAGAGAACGUGUAUUAAUGCAUUUAAAUUAGUGGAGAAAUUAAAAACAAUGGGUAUAACAGUCAGUAAAGCAACAUUAUAUACAGAGUAUUCCACACUAUUAUUUGCUAAAAGUCAUUAUGAUGAGGCUUUCCAUAAUUGUACAUUGGCAUUAGCAGAAAUAACAACAUCUCUAUCUCAUAAAGCUGUUGUAGAUGUUUUAAGGCAAUGUUCUAAGGCUUGUGUUGUUAAAAGAGAAUUUGAAAAAGCUGGUCUAUUGAUUAAACAUGCUGUAUUAUAUGCCAGAGAACAUUUUGGUACUAAACAUCCCAAAUAUUCUGAUGCUUUGUUAGAUUAUGGAUUUUUUCUUCUCAACAUAGACUCAAUAUCAGCUGCUGUACAAGUUUAUCAGAUGGCUCUAGAUAUUCGUCAGUCUGUAUUUGGUGGAAAGAAUUUAUUUGUAGCUACAUCUCAUGAAGAUUUAGCCUAUGCUUGUUAUGUUAAUGAAUAUAGUUCAGGAAAAUUUACUGAUGCCAAAGAUCAUGCUCAAAAAGCUAUUGAGAUAUUAUGUGAUAUAUUACCAGAGCAACAUUUAUUAUUAUCAUCUUCUAAACGAGUUAAAGCUCUGAUUCUGGAAGAAAUAGCUAUAGAUAGUCACCAUAAGGAAACAGAAGCCAAGUUAUUACAAGAAGCUCAAGAAUUACAUCUUCAAUCCUUAGAGUUGGCUAUAAAAGCUUUUGGUGAAGAUAAUGUUCAAACAGCCAAACAUUAUGGUAAUUUAGGUCGUCUCUAUCAAUCCAUGCAACGAUAUCAGGAAGCAGAAGAAAUGCAUCUAAAAGCUAUAGAUAUUAAAGAGAGAUUAUUAGGUCCUGAUGAUUAUGAAGUAUCUCUAUCAGUUGGUCAUCUAGCCUCUUUAUAUAAUUAUGAUAUGGCCAAAUUUGAUGAAGCUGAAAAACUUUACCUUCGAUCAAUUGCUAUUGGAAAGAAGUUAUUUGGUGAAGGAUAUAGUGGUUUAGAAUAUGAUUAUCGUGGCUUAUUAAGACUCUAUAGUAAUUUAAAUGAUAUCAACAAAACUAGUCAUUACUCUAAUAUCUUACAACAGUGGAAUCAAAUACGUGAUAAAAACAAUGCUGUAGAGAUCAAACCAUUGGAUAUUGACAUAGAUAUUACUGUUCCUGAAAUAGUUCAACUAAUGUUCUCAUCACAACAGACAUAA